AUGGAUGGAGUUCAACUACCAGAGGAUACCGCGGAGGAUCGUGUGUUGGCAGCAACUGAGUUCUUAGAUCCUACCGAUACUCGUGCUCGAAGUUACCGCGCGGAUAUUGUGUUGAUGCUAAACAGAGGUCUCCGAAGAUUGACAGUCAGCAUUGAUGAGAUACGAUCGCACAAUGGAGACCUUGCACAAGGUCUUCUCAUGUCACCUUUCGAAUACACGGAAGCAUUCAACAAAGCCCUGAAGAAUGUCAUCAAAACUCUUCCUAAUCGGCCAGCGAGAGAGACAGCCGAGGAUGUGAUAUACUACUGCGCAUUUAUUGGCGCAUUCGGUGAAAACGCUUGCAACCCCCGAACGCUAGGCUCCUCCCACCUCAAUCGCAUAGUAUCGCUCGAAGGCAUUGUCACAAAAUGCUCACUUGUUCGACCGAAAAUUAUUCAGAGUGUCCACUUCAGCGAAAAGAAGAACAAAUUCUUUGCAAGGAAAUAUAGAGAUCAGACAAUGACAGCUAGCGGUGCCACAAGCUUGAACGUGUAUCCUCAAGAGGACGACGAGAAGAAUCCUCUCACUACCGAGUUCGGCUACUGUACCUAUAUGGACCAUCAGACUAUUUCGAUCCAGGAAAUGCCCGAGAGAGCACCAGCUGGUCAAUUGCCCCGAGGAGUGGAUGUUAUCUUGGACGACGACUUGGUCGACCGCGCAAAACCUGGUGAUCGUAUCCAAUUAGUGGGAAUCUUCCGCUCUCUAGGAAACAGAGGUGCAGGAUCAGGUUCUUCCACAUUCCGAACAGUCGUUCUCGCAAACAACAUUAUUCAAUUGUCAUCCAAGUCUGGUGGUGGAAUUGCCCAAGCAACACUCACAGAUACCGACAUCCGCAAUAUCAACAAGUGGGCUAAAAGCAAGAAGACUAAGAUUUUCAACAUGUUGGCUCAGUCACUGGCCCCUUCUAUUUACGGACACGAAUACAUCAAGAAGGCAGUCUUGCUCAUGCUUUUGGGUGGUAUUGAGAAGAAUUUGGACAAUGGUACCCAUCUUCGUGGUGAUAUCAACAUUUUGAUGGUUGGUGAUCCAUCUACUGCCAAAUCACAAAUGCUACGUUUCGUCCUGAACACUGCUCCGCUAGCUAUUGCCACAACCGGUCGAGGUUCGUCAGGCGUCGGUCUCACUGCAGCCGUAACAACUGACAAAGAGACUGGUGAGCGGAGACUAGAGGCUGGUGCUAUGGUGCUCGGUGAUCGUGGUGUUGUCUGUAUCGAUGAGUUCGACAAGAUGAGUGACGUUGAUCGUGUUGCAAUUCACGAAGUUAUGGAACAGCAAACCGUCACAAUUGCUAAAGCCGGUAUUCACACAUCCCUGAAUGCUAGGUGCAGCGUUAUUGCAGCUGCAAAUCCAAUCUACGGCCAAUACGAUCCCCAUAAAGACCCUCACAAGAACAUUGCUCUGCCUGAUUCGCUGCUCUCCCGUUUCGAUUUACUGUUCAUUGUCACGGAUGAUCCAGAGGACAAGGGGGAUAGACUUGUGUCGGAACACGUACUGCGUCGACACCGUUAUCGCCAGCCAGGUGCUGAAGAGGGUGUCCCGGUUCGUGAAGGAGCAACUCAAACUCUCGGCGUAGGAAUAGAAGAGUCUCAAGAUUCCAACCAACCAACGGAGCCUCUGGAGAAAUAUAAUGUCAUGUUACAUGCCGGCAUGGCAGCGACGAGCAAGAACGGCAAUGUUGAAGUGUUCAGUCUACCUUUCAUCAAAAAGUACAUUCAAUAUGCCAAGACUAGGAUCAAGCCUGUCUUGACGAAGGGGGCUGCAGAUCAUAUUGUCGCCACAUAUUCGGCGCUUCGCAAUGAUGAUCUCACUGGCAACCAAAGGAAGACAUCUCCCAUGACAGCCCGUACACUUGAAACACUAAUUCGUCUAUCUACUGCUCACGCCAAAGCUCGCUUGUCGAACCGUGUGGAGGAGAAGGAUGCAAAGGAGGCUGAAGCGAUACUGCGGUUCGCUCUGUUCAAGGAAGUUGUAGAAGAUUCACGGAAAAAGCGACGCAAAGUGACUACAUUCGACUCCGACGAAGACUCAGAUGAUUCCGAUGAUGAUACCGAGGAACCCUCCGAACCUGCUUCAAGUCGACGAUCCGGCAGGCGAGCCGGUCUCAGAUCUAUGGAAACAGUUGAUUCGGCUCCCCUCGAAUCUGAAGCUCCUGAAAGCAGUUACCGAGAUCAACCACAAUCUAGCCGAACUACCCGGGGCCAGACACAGACCGAAUCUCAGAUGUCUGUCGCAUCAUCUCUUCCCGCCUCACAGCUUCUCCAGUCACAGACCGAUUCUCAGGCUAGCUCGGUUGCCCCCAUUCAACCGGCACGGUUGAACAUCUUCCGUCAAACUCUUGGACCUCUUAUGGGUCGAGUAUUCGCCAACGAUGACAGCGCGGAUUUGGAAGCCCUUAUCGGUGCUAUCAACACCUCUAUCAGAGCAAAUCAAAGCCUAGGUGAGCGUAACGUGUUCCAGAGACAGGAAGCUAUCCAGGCUUUGAAGGUAAUGAAUGAGAGAAACGAAUUAAUGUUCCUUGAGGAUGAUGAUACGGUCUACAGAAUUUAG